AUGCGAAUUGCGUUUGGUCUGCUCGUCGUGUUCGGCACGAGUGUAGGGCUCAGCCCUGCUUUGCAGCAUGACCCGGAGCCAGAAUCUCUCCAGUCGACCCUAAGCACCCGACGCAUGCAUCAUCUCAGAGUGUACCAACCAUAUGCUCAUCACAUACGCCGUGGGAUUAUCGCUGGCGAUAAUAACGUCCUACAGCAGGGAAGCAAUCUGCUUUCAUCCCUCGUCGGUGGUGAAUUCACGACCAUCAACAAAAAUUCUCGUGCAUCGCCGACCUCUUCGACUCAUGCCACUCGCUCUACGCGGGAGAGAGGAGGCGGAGGCGCCUUGCCAUCUUCGCACGAGUUCACAACCCUCGACAACAACUCGCGUGCUCCGUCUCCGAGCAGCACGUCCAGCGCAUCGUCUCCCACCACCAGUGCAUCGUCCCCUUCUACCAGUACAUCGACCCCUACUACCAGUACCUCUUCCCCCACUCCUACAUCUAGUCGUACAUCAAGCUCGCCCUCGUCAUCCACGAGAGAAAGUGAUAGUAGCAUGGUGGGAGCCGGCGCAGGCGGCGGCGCAUCAUCUACACCCACCACGAUGCGGCGCUCAAGUCGCACAUCCUCGAGUACGAGUAUGGAGACGUCUGACAGGACUUCCUCAGGCGAUGAUGAGAGCAGCUCUUCAACGCCUACAUCUACAGGAAAUCCUGUUUCAGAAGACCGAUCGCCUUCAAGCGCGACGAGUGCGCCUAGCUCGGCUUCCCAUGCAUCCAAUGACUCGAGCGAUGCUGACGACUCGGAUAGCGAGUCGGAUGAGGGAUCUAAGAGCUCGUCACCAUCCAUGAACAACGCUUCAAAUGCUCGCAAGUCUGACGAUGGAACGGAUCACACAGGUGUGAUUGCUGGCGUAUGCACCGCUGGCGGAGUGGUCAUCUUGGCCAUCCUGGGCUUUGUAUUGUACAAGUUCCUGAACAAGCGAGCUGGCAGCGCAGACAAGCCAGAACAGGCGAUCCAGUGGCCUGAUGUGACGUAUGAUGCGGGACCAGCCACGCCGACAGGACUGGCGGCCGCUCAGCACGAUGCGCCUGCUGAUACGAGUGUGGACAUGAGUGGCUAUGAAGACAACCCCUUUGUUGACCGUGUCGACAGCGCUGCCGCACCUAUGUCAGCACAGAGCAACGCCCUUCCUGAGUCCUACGUGGAUGUACCUCCUGCGACAUUUGGCUAUGCUUCGGAUGCUCCCACGCAGCCCGUGGCCGAGUCGACAGCCCUUGCCACAACGUACCCAAAGGCGCUUGUUCCGAGCCAGUCACCUACAUCCAAUGCGCCCGUAUCUGUGCCUCUUUCCUCUGCUGACCCACCACCUAAUGUGCCGCACAGGGGCGAUGGCGCUCAGUUCCAGCACUUUGUCGUGGGACAGACGUACCCUGAAGAGGCCAUCCAAUUACCUUAUGACGCGCCUGUGACGCGCGAGCUAUAUCGAGAGCAGCCAGACGCGUCGCCCUUCGACGAAUCGCGCGCUGUGAAGAAUUAG